AUGCAUUUAAGGAGCAAGCGACUAAUUCCCAAUUCACUUAUUAUUGUCUUGCAGGCCUGCGGGGUCUUAGCAAGUACUGGUCUUUCCUCUUCUUCUGUUGGUAGCAGCAGUAUGAUGAGUGGUGGUAGCAGUAGUAGCAGUAUGAGUGGAAGUAUGAGUGGAAGUAGUAGUGGCAUGAUGACGGGCGGUAGUUCGGGCAUGAUAGGUGGUGGUGCUGGUAUGUUUGGGCCUGGACCAGUGAUAGGUGGUGGCGGUGAUAUCUACUCCCAACUAGCUGGUAUGGGCAUUAAUAGUAACAGUAUAAUGACGCUCUGUAACUGCUUGCCCGAUCCAGUGUGCAAGUCCCGUGAUAAGAACUUUGAGCAGCUGGUUAAGCUCAUUGCUAGUAUUCGGGAACUCAUGCUGGUAGGUGGUAGUCCUUCUCAGUGCAGUGGAAGUUGGAACCUUCCUCCUCAUAUUCUUAACAAUGGAGGUACUGAGUGCUUGGAUUUAUGGCUCAAAACCAUCAACCCCUUUGCAGUUCUGUCUCAGACUGCUGGCAGUGGUCAAACGGGCGCAAACUUCAAUGUCUGCAAUGAAUUCCAUAACGCUUUGAGUAACUUGCUAAGCAUGAAAUUAUCAGGUACUUACUCUGUUCUGGAGGAGUAUCUUAAUGGUCGGGCUGGCCUUAGUUCAUCAUCUGGAUGUAUGGGUGGUGGUAGUAUGUUUGGUCCAGGACCAGCAAUGGGCGGAUGCGGCUCUGAUGGGUUUAGCGUACCCAGUAUGGUCGGAUUUGGAGGAUUUAAUGGUCGGAUGACGGGCGGUCUAGGUGAUAGUAUUGGUUGCGGUGCCACUCCCUACGGUAUGGGAGUUGGUCUUUGGGGGACUAAUUUAGGACUACCGACCAAUCUUGGCAUAGAUGUCGCGCAAAGUAAUGCCUUAGGAUCAUGUCUUUUCAAUGACGUACUUUCUCAUCAGAACUGUGGUGGUGCUAUUGGUGGUGGCGCUAUUGGUGGCGGCGCUGCAGGAUGUGGUGGUAUGAUUGGCGGUGGUCUUGGUGGUAUGACUGGGCCUGGUCCUAUGAUUGGUGGUGGUCUUGGUGGUAUGGCCGGACCUGGUCCUAUGAUUGGUGGUGGUCUUGGUGGUAUGACGGGACCUGGUCCUAUAAUCGGUGGUUCUGGAUCUUCUAGUGCCCUGUGUGGUAGUUUA